AUGGAGGAGCUGGAUUUUUUCAAGUCCCCCGAUGAGUUUCCACCAAGACGUGGUGGCUAUGGCCUGAUACAUGUGGAAUGUGGUGGAGGGCGUGCAUACCCUAACAGUGCCUUGGUGAAGCUUUAUGCCAAGCUCGGCCUUCAUCGCUACAACUGGUUAGAGGGGACAAACUUUGAGCUAGAUAGCAUAAUGAAAUUCAACAUGCGUGGUGCUGCAUCUCCUUACUACAUAACCUUGGUUGCGCGCCUUCCAUCUAGCGGUUUGCAGCAGAUCUUUCAGGUUCUCGUAGAGGAAGAACGUCUUGGCAUUUUAGAUUUGACAUGCUCCAUCUCUAGAUCUCAAGGGACCGAGAGUUCAAAGAAGGAGUCAACUCCUUUCUUACGUCCACAUUCCGAGCCGGUGUCUGCUACCUACCAAGACAGAUUGCUUGGCUGGACCAAGUCAGUAAUUCCAUGGCCCUCCUCUGAGAUUGGUUUCAGUGACACAAAGCGUUUUUACAUGUUGAUUGAAUCUGAGUUGCAAUGUGAUUGGAUUUCUUUGUAUGUAGAACUUGCAAUUUGUGAUUCCCAUAGGUGGAUUACAGCUAAGGAUCUCUCCAACUUUGAGUUGCAGAUUGUCCAAGUGGCCAUAGAAUCUCUCGAUGAUAAGGAUCCCCCAAGUCUCAAGUCUAAAGCUGCUGUCAUUUACAUAGCAUACAAGGACUUGGCCAAGGCUAAGACUGGUGAGCCUUAUCACUGCCAAGCUGUUGUGAGACGAGUCAUCAACAAGGCAACCGGAACAUUGAGCAUCCAAGGUGAUUGCUGGAUUGAAGAAGCAGCAACGGCUUCAGCGGCUUCUAAAAAGAGAUCCCGAAUGCUUAGGCGUCGCUUAGGAGCUCAUAAGCUAUGGAGGUUGUCUAGUCCUAGGUGGUAUCAGACGUACAAAAACUGUGGCCUUCGCUCUUCCCUCACGAAUUGA